GAACGCGACGCACGCGCCUCCGCUUCGCUUCUUCCUUCUCUACGAGUAUACUCUCCGCACUUAGAGGCAUAUUUCCCUCGCUUUCUCGCCACCGAGUACUAUCAUCAUCAUCAAAUGAGAGAAGAGACCGGCUCUCUCUCUCUCUCUCUAUCGAAUUCGUUCCUGGGAAUAUUCAGUUAGUCUGUUCGUGAACGUCCACCUAGUUUUCGCAACACCAGAGAACAUAUUAUUCCUGUUUGUUUUGCUCUCGCGCGUUUGCUUUGAAUCUCUCAUCGAGAAAGCCGCUUCUCCGCUCAGCUCUUCUUUCGUCUCGCACAGCCGCUUUUGCUCUUCGGAUCCGUGCUGUUGCACUACACCGAGUUACGAUGUCUUCCUGCUAAAACGUUCCAUGUUUAAUCUCGUUCGUACCAGCCUCGAUCAUCGUCAUAUAUCUUUUGGUGCUCGUAAUCGAAGAACACGUAUCCAGUUCCACGAUCUCCUACUCGUAUUUUUUGCAACCAUCGCUCCUGGAAAAAUCUUUGUCUCGAAUUAUCGAACACCAUUCAACGCAACGAUAUCAAAUCUUCAGCAUCCGUCUGCGUGAUUUGCCGUGGCACGUUCUUCCAGUAAAUGUUUCUCGAAUUUGAAAAUUUUCCAAGAAUUAUUGUAAUAUCACCGAUAAGAUUGGCCGUUUCUCUGAAAAAGGCCAUUUGCGUGCAGGCCCCGUGGGCAGUCGGACAUUGUUGAAUGCUCUGCUCCUGCUCAAGGCCCAUACGGUUGUCCUCCAUGGAGGGCGCCGAUCGCUCGGAUCUCAGGGACGGCAGACGAGUUCGCGGACAGAAUGGAGACAGUUGGAGUUGCGAAACGACUUAAAGGCUUUGCCGUGAUAACGGAUUGUCGAGGUCGAGCCUCGUGUUUGGAGGUUCGGUUUUCGCGAAAGGACAGAGUGGUGCGGAAGGUUCGUGGAGGGGGCAGAAGAUCGUGCGGCUCGAAGGUUGAACGCUCCAAAUGGAAUUGCCUUCGGCUCCAGAUCGUCGUUUAGAAGCUCAAGAAGGUUCUACCUCGGCUGAUUUAGCGGAAACGGUUAGUGGUGGUGCAUUGACUAUAGAAUCAGCGAAAACGAUUGGUGCGUCGACGACAGUGUCGUCGUCAACUACAUCGGAAAACGGAUCAACGAAGCGCGACAAUGAUGCCGAUUCUUCGAUGGCUACCGAAGAAAUACGCGAUGCUACUCGUCGAUCCGUCGACAACCAAGUGUUCAUCAAUCUAGAAUUAUGUGAGGCUCCGGUCGAGACCUCGAACAACUUUUCACACGGCGAAGGUCAAUUAGACAUCUCCGGUAUGGGUCUGAAACUUGGAAAAGAUAAGACGCAACCUGAAGAUGCGGGUAUCGAUGUAGAAGUGAAAUCGAACGAAUCCGUGGAUGAACAAGAUUGUUCGAUGUCGACGCCGACGCCGACGCCGACGCUGACGCCGACGCUGACGUUGACGCCGACGCUAACUCCGACGCUGACGCCGACGCUGACGCCGACGCCGACGCCGACGCCGACGCCAACGUCGAUGUCGUUGUCGGUUCAGUGUACCGAGAAAGAGACAGACGAUUCUAAAGUGGAUGAUAGUUACGGUGCAGGAUUCACCACCUCAUCGCCGUUGUGUAGAAAAAGACCGGCCAGCGAUUUUUUGCCGAUCAAUGCGGAGAUCAAGCGGAUCGGCGUUGAAAUUUCGGAGAAUGAAUCGAAUCAAGUAAGAAGCGACGUGAGGAGGAUCUCACCGGUGUUGGUGAGCCUCCGAGAGCGUACCCUGGGUGAGAUAUCCCUGUCGUCGAACUCGUGCCUGUUCGACGACGAUGUCAACAGUCGAUGCAUCUCAAGGAACAAUAGGAUUAUCGAUGAUUUAUUAACGAGUGGUUGUAGGUUAUCAACGAAUGUAAGCGUGGACGGUUCUUUUCAAACGAAUCACGGUUCCGAGGAGAUAAGCUGUACCGAGUCGGAGCAUAGGGUCUGCAGAGUAACGACGUCGCCGGAAGGUGAAUGUACCAACGGCAGCGUCGAGGAGGCGCUGGUAGAGCCCUGUAAAAAGCUCGAAUACUCGGACUCGUUUAUUGAUGAGGAUUCUUGUUGUUCGCUGUCGCGCGACAGCCCCGAGAGAAAUCUCAGCAAGUGCCAGGAACCGAAACAGUGCGAGGAGCCCAUCGAGGAGUGCUCGUGUAGCGACACUAUGCCUGCGAAUAGUGCUUGCACAGCACCGGUUAUAAACAACAAGCAGUUGAUUGAAAUGAUGAAAAGUUCUUUACCCCAAUUAGUGGUUAAGAUAGAUCAGAUUAAUGUGUCGCAGUACUUCUCACCGGAACAGAAAGAUGCGAAAUGUAUGACCGUCGCCUCGAAGAAGAAGCAGAAGAAGAACACCACGUGCAAGGCUGAUGAUAGCAACGUAGAUGUAAGGAUUGAUCCCAAAGAUACGUCGAAGAAUGUAUGUUCCGUUGAAAGGCGAAAUUGCGAGAUCAGUGUCCAAAAGACUGAGUCACAGGACCAUAAGGAGAAGAAGGACGAUUCUCCUGCAGUAUUCGAUCUGCUACAGACCAAAUUGAUAAAAUCAACUCCCAUUAUUUCUAUGAAAGAAUGCAAGGUGAUCUUGCAAAGGAUAACAUUGCCGAAAACGGUAAAAGCGACGACGGAGGAGAAACCGGAACAAGAUGAAACGCCAGCCACAUCGGUAAUAGAGAAAUUAGCAGAGGAUGAAGAAGUCGUGUUUUCCUUGCCUUUACCCUCCACGGAGGAUUUACAGCCGUUGAACAAUUUGGAUUCGUCUGAAACGACACCAAGUUCACCGGAGAUGUUGGAACCUACCACGGAUGUCCCAGAAGCUAUUGACACAGAGACGGAAACCGAAACCGGGUCCGAUAGCUCCGAAAUGUCAACCACGACCAAUGUACGUGGAUGUGAGGAUGAUACCGCUUCUGAUCAAAUAUCGUGUCAGGAGAACGAGUCCAUGUGCUGCGUUGAUAUUAAUCCGGAGAUCAUAUCGAGGUUGGAGCCAGAGAGGCCGGAAGCUUUUACAGAAGAUUCAGCGGAAAGUCUAGCGCUUGCCACUGGUGCGCGGGACGAAGUUAGAUCGGAUGGAAGCGAUUCUGGUUUAGGAAGCGAGAUACCCGGUGAUCCUGGGCCUGCACCGGUUCCCGAAAGCGAUUCCGAAACUUCUUUCUUGGAUAGGAUACCCGAUGAUAUUCUCUCCGAUAAAGAAAAAGUUGUGAAUCAAUUGGACAGUUUUGUACCGAAUGUGGGUGUACCGGGUACACCACAACCACCAUUGACGAAUUUUCGGAGUCCUCCAAAGAGUAAUUUAAAACGAAGAUUGAUAGAUUGCAUGGAUGGGGCUCCUAGUCCGAAGAGAAGCAAUACGGAAGAAACCAUGAAAAAGAAACGCAAUAUUCAAUUCGACGCUGUCACCGUGUAUUAUUUUCCCAGAGCACAGGGUUUCACUUGUGUACCUUCUCAGGGUGGCAGCACCCUUGGCAUGAGUGCGACGCAUACUCAUGCAGAACGGUUCUCGUUAUCGGAGCAUGCUGCUGAACAGAGGCGAAUUCAUCGUGCUAGACUAGCUCAAUUGCGCUCCGAGCGUGCUGCAAAUUGCGUAUCGGAAGCAGCCUCUAGCUCCGAGGAUCCCAGCGAUGAUACGGACGAGGAACAAAGUGAUAACGAAGAACUGGAUAUCGAUAGUUAUUAUUUCCUGCAGCCAGUACCUACGUGGCAGAGACGAGCUUUACUUAGGGCGGCUGGAGUACGUAGAAUAGAUGCUGUCGAAAAGGACGAGUGCCGUGACAUUAGAGCUAGCAGAGAACAUUGCGGUUGCGGGUGCAAAGGAUAUUGCGAUCCAGAGAGUUGUCCUUGUAGUCGAGCUAAUGUAAAGUGCCAGGUUGAUAGAGCGGGUUUUCCUUGUGGAUGUACCCGAGAUGGUUGUGCGAAUAGUUCAGGCAGGAUUGAGUUCAAUCCAGUACGAGUGCGAACGCAUUUCAUUCACACUCUCAUGCGGCUGGAGUUAGAAAAAAAGCAACGAGAAGAAGAGAGUACGGAUCACGACGCUUCCGACAAUCAAAACGGCAGAAGUCCGUUAAGAGAAAUCAAUUUGGGAUCCGUGAUGGAGAAUAGGACCACAGAAUCGUGUCUGAACGGUGGUGGAUUUACGACGCUUCAUUACGAAAAUCACGACGCUAGGGACGGCGGGACGAAUUGUCAGCCAGAAGUACCUGGUACUAGAGAGGAUAGUCUGGAUCUUUACGCAAUUAGAGACGAUUGCUAUCCUAACGAAGACACUGUUGAUGGUACGCAGGGACCUCAAAGGAAACUUCAUCCUGAGUUUAGUCAAGCUUUUCAAACGUUCUCAGGCCAAACAAGUACCGGAGUAAACUUUCAACAGCCUACUUAUCAGGACUAUCAACCUUACGCUAACCUUCCUUCUACAUCUAGGGUGCAAUUUCAGCCGCAAUUUCAAACGGUGCCAGGAAAUCCAGGGUUCUCACACUAUGCGCCUUAUGGGCAAGACGCCGGAUCAAUUCAGGGAAACUGCCAGGUCCAUCCCGGACAACACUCAUCCAGUUACGAAACUAGCUUUGCCCAGGACGAAACAACCGGAUCACAAUACACGAAUUUAAAUUCGGUGCAGCCGAUGAAUACAGUGGUUCAACAAAUAGGUAAACUAGAACCAUUUUCAGAACUUUUGUCUGGUAGAUAUUCGUACUAUGGUGAAAUGGAGCCUGCGGCGCAUGGUACUUAUCACGGGAAUGGAACCAAGGUCGAGGUAGAAAAGAACCAAGGUAACGAACAACAAUCGGAAAGUACGGAAGAGUGUGACGAAAACUUUGGGGAAAUUAUUAAAAAGUCAAUGGUUGAGACUGUAUCCGCUUAGGUUAAACUGUAGAUACGAAGAAUUGUCUAUCUGCGAAUCCGUCAAAUCGUUUUUGACCCAUAGUGAUUUAUAACGAAAAAUAGAAUUUAACUUUCGUCAUUGGAAACCUUGCGAAUGAAAAAAUAAGAAAAGAAGAAAAGAAGGAUAACGAAGAAAUAUCUCGAUAAGAAGGUGCUGGCAAUUUGACCAGAUAGACUUCCAUGCGUUAGAUAAAUCCGAGUAAAUUGUUUAUGUGGUUUUCGAAUAGAACAAAGGUUCGUUUCGAGAAUCACUCGCGUUCAACUAUGAUGAGUCCCGUGGAUGUCGUUAGAAAAAUUAUACGUGUGCGUCCGCCCGGGAUGGAAGCUUGAGACAUUGUCCUUGUUCCUUUAUUAUAAGAUUGUCGAUUGUAUAAUUGAUCGAAUGGAUAAGACGAUGUUCUCAAUAAACGUGAAGAGAAUCCGGGGCCGCCAGUUCGGUGAAGGAUUUUCGGGGGAAGGUCUUCGUCGAAAAUCUCCAUGAACAGUCUCCUUGACACGAAGUUGCAGAAGAUAUUCAACGAGGUUGUGACCAAGAAACAACAUAUGGGAUCAGUUUAGAUUGCAGUUUAUAAUACUUAACUUUAAUAUUACGAUCGCGGGCCUUGUGUCUUUGUAAAAAAGAACAGAAAAAAAGGUUUUUUCGGAUCCGUGUGACAGCUGCGAUGGCGAACAACUUAGUAUUUAUAGCGAAUUCGAAAGAUGUUCGCGUUGCUGAUUAGAAAGGAAGAUAGGCACAUGAUUGUACACACAAAACACAUAUAUAUGUGACCACGAAAUGUGAACGAUUGUGAUACUUGUGCAUAUGAAAAUGCAGUUUGCCAGGAUCGUAGGUUAAGAAAAUAAAUUAUGGGACUUUUUUAUGCCAGUUAGUAAGGGAUCGAGUUUGAAUGGUUUUUCAAUCAACAGACGAUGAUAAAUGACGAUAGAGAAUAGAUUUUCCGUCGUAUUGUAAUAAAUUCAGAAGCAUCGCGGUUACUUACAUGUUUCCAAUGUUAGAGGAACCAUGAUUGGUUGGCAUACCAAGUGCACGCUGUCUACAGAACAUAUAACGUUUAAGGUCUCAUAUAUUUUUUUCAUUCUUUCAUAUGGCACCUUGAAAUUGCAGGUCCUUUUUUAAUAUCACGCACAUUGUGCGAGGAAUAGCAAAAUGUGAAAACUUUUUAACGAAAAUGUAUAAGUUAUCGAUUAUUGAGGAUACUCGAACCCAAAUGAUCAACGGCUCAAUUUUGUUGUCUGUCUAUAUUCGCAAUUUCAAGGUAAGAGUUAACACGAACAAAGUAAAGAAAAGAUACCCGCGCGAGGUUUUCUCAUUUUUUGAAAAACAUUGCGGUAAACAAAGUCUGAUGGCAAAUAUUAUCUCGUUCGGAUGUUGUUUUGCACACCCAUUGUUAUUCACCUUGUAGAUUUUCAGACAUAGACCUCUUUAGCAUCCCGGGACGUUGAUCGCUAUACCCACGAUUGAUUAAAAUAUGAAACGUAAGAAAACAAUGAUAAGACGAUAGUAUUAAAUUUAUACAUACUUAUUGGAUGUGUCAGCUCCCAAGCACUUUUGACGAUCUUCUAUUUCCGUAUUUUACACUGUGUUCAUCGUCGCUGAUUGGUGCCUAAAAUCGUUACGUUUGUUGUCAGUGUACAGUGAUAACGAAAUCUCACUAUCGAAAAUAGAAGAAACGAAAGGAACAUAGAUUUAACGCGUUGAAACAUUGCGAGGGAUGUGACACCUCCGUAUGACAUAAAUAUACAUAUAAACUACACGUAUGUAAGUAACUUUUAGAGUAUUUGAGUAAAAAAAGGCAUACCUAGUUGAUAGCGUUUUAUUAAAUGUUGUGAAAAAGUC